UCUCUCUCUUCUGAUGCCAACGCAUUUUGCAUACUGACUUCCGCCCCGCUCGGCUUUCUCUCCCCAGUCUGCGUCGGUCGGCGAGCAGCUGAUAUGACAGGAGGAUACGGUAUCACACACGAGCCGUGAAAAGCUGACUUAAAAACUUCAUUUAGAAAGUAGGCGGAUGUCGUGUGCGGUUGAUAUAGGUCGGAAAAGGAUUAGGGGAAACGGAGGGAGAAGAAGCGAAUGUAUUUUUUGAUGCGAUGGGAUUUGCUACUUUCGUGUGAAGAGGCGGACCUAUGAGACGCUGCGAGUUCAAUAUGCUGAAGCUGUACCCGGUGUUUGUAUACUGUACGUGGAAGUACAGAGACUAUUUUCUUCCAAGUCACAGGCCUACGUAAGGAUUUAAUACAGCACUUGAUAUUCUUUCUGGCUCGACAGAUAUCCACGGUAGAAAAACUACUACCAUUUGGUCUGGUUUUUUUGUGUGUGUUGACAGGGAAUUCCUUCAGAUAGGCUGCAUGUGCUUUGCUCCUUUGCUGUCUAUUCACUACACGGUCUUUUUUGUUAGAUAGCCUAACACAUAUUUUUUAAAUUGAUAUAAAUUAGACAUGGGGGACUGGCUUGUCGUAGCUCGCUGUCACCCCUCAGAAACAGACAGUAAACCUAUUAGAGGCUAGUCCUUUUUUUUUUUUUAAGGGGGUCUUAUUACGAAGUUGUCGUUGACCCAGGAUGAACUAUUAUUUUGUAGGUCUUUCUUUUUAGGGCUUUCUCACCGCAAUUACUGCUCCCGUUUUAGCUGUUAGCGGGUGGGUUUGCAAAUUACUCUACUGCGGGACUGGUGCAUUUUCCAGGUGUCUCUUUUUCUCGUGACACCUCACUUGUAGGCUGCUGUUUAAAAAGACAUUUUUUUUUUUUGGGACUGGCCAUUACUGUGUUUUCCAGUCUGACAUUUUUUUUCUGGAUUGCCCCAGUCCCAGUCCCACGGAUACGAAUAACUCGCUUUUCACCUCAUUUCCCCACCAUGAGUUACAUCCUCAAGGUAUUGAAUGUUUUGCUACGUGGACUCGUCAUCUAUGCGGUACUGGGCUUGGAGGGCACUUACUCGAAUGAUCUACCCAGCCACUCGUCUGAUGCUGCAAAUGUAGCCAUCACAGACCCCUGUGGCAUAGUGAUGCCGCCAUGCAUGGGCGAGGACGACCGCUUCAGUCUGGAGGCGCUGCGGCACAUCCACAAACAGCUGGACGACGACAAUGAUGGGGGAAUUGAGGUCAACGAGAGUGUGGAGUUUAUAAUAGAAGAUAUGAAGCAGCAGCAAACCAAUAAACACAGCAACCUGCACCGUGAAGACCAGCACAUCACUGUGGAGGAGCUGUGGAAGGGCUGGAAGACGUCUGAAGUCCACAACUGGACCGUGGAUCACACAGUGCAGUGGCUGAAGGAGUCGGUGGAACUGCCGCAGUAUGAACAGCACUUCCGGGACUUCCGGGUCACAGGGAACACUUUACCUCGAAUAGCGGCAAAUGAACCGUCGUUUAUGUCAAUGCAGUUGAAGAUAUUAGACCAGCGGCAUAAACAAAAACUAAACCUAAAGGCACUAGAUGCAGUGCUUUUUGGCCCUCCUCUCCGUCCACAACAUAACUUGAUGAAAGACUUUGUCCUGAUGGUUUCCAUAGUGAUUGGUGUCGGGGGCUGCUGGUUUGCCUAUGUGCAGAACAAGUGCAGCAAGGUACAUAUUUCUCAGAUGAUGAAGGAUCUGGAGAGCCUGCAAAAUGCUGAGCAAAGCCUUUUAGACCUGCAGAGCCGGCUGGAAAAGGCUCAGGAAGAGAACCGGACGGUGGCCGUAGAGAAGCAGAACCUCGAGCAGAAGAUGAGGGAUGAGAUCACUGGGGCUAAAACGGAGGCUCACAGGCUUCGAGAGCUGCGAGAGGGCGCUGAAUGUGAACUCAGCCGGCUCAAAUAUGCUGAGGAAGAGCUAGUACAGGUGCGAAAGGCCCUAAAGCGAGCAGAGAAGGAGAUGCAUUCAGAGCGCUCGGUGCCUGAAGCUCUCCAGAAGUGGCUCCAGCUCACACACGAGGUGGAGGUUCAAUACUACAACAUCAAGAAACAGAAUGCUGAGUUUCAGCUGUGCAUCGCCAAAGACGAGGCAGAGAAAAUAAAAAAGAAAAGAGGUUCUGUGUUCGGAACCCUUCACGUAGCCCACAGCUCAUCGCUGGAUGAGGUGGACCACAAGAUACUAGAAGCAAAGAAAGCCUUAUCAGAGGUAACGGCGUGCCUGAGGGAGCGGCUGCACCGCUGGCAGCAGAUUGAGAAGCUUUGCAACUUCCCUGUGGUCAAUAACUCGGGGCUGCCGAGCCUGACGGCCAGCCUCUACUCAGACCACAGCUGGGUGGUCAUGCCGCGAGUCUCGGUGCCUCCCUACCCCAUCGCAGGAGGAGUGGAUGACCUGGACGAGGACACGCCUCCCAUCAUUCCACAGUUUACAUCGGCCACAAUGAUCCGGCCCUCGCUGAACCGCAGCAGCAGCUUGUGUCGUUCCCGCCGGAGCCUGCUGAGCUCUCCGCAGUCCUCAAUGAUGUCCCCAGACCCCGACCUGCUGUCCAUGGCCAGCUCGUCCCUCUCCUAUCGCCACGAGGCAGACGACGAACAUAUCAUGUUCAGCUCGGAUAGGAGGGGGUAUGUAGCGGUGGCCGGAACGCCGCGGAAUGGUUUUACAGUUUGGACUCACAGGGAAUCAGCUCAGGAGGGUAGCUCCGACACAGACUCUCUCAACUCCUCCAUGGGCCGAAAGCAGCUGCACAACCCCUGCACACCGGGCUCGGACACCGUGUACCGCAAGAUCUCCCGCGAGGAGCUGCUGCUGUUCAGCCAGAGCUCGGAGCUUCCGGCAUCAAACCCCACCACGUCCCACACCAGCAGCAGCAGCAGCAGCAGUCUCAGGGACUCCACGCCUCCUCCUCCCACUCCGGCCCCCACCCCCUCCGGCCCACCCUCCACCUCGCCUUCCCCGGCCUUGGAGCACCAACCGUUUGCACAAAGAGGCUCGCCCGACCUCACCCGCAUUAUACCCGAGUCCCAAAGUCUAACCUUCUCACAAGGGAGCGCCACCUCUCCCACGGGCAAGGGCAUGUACAACGGCAUCCUGGAGAAGUCCUACAGCUACGGCCAGCUGCCCGCGAGCAUGCUGCCCAAUGUGGGGCGCAACCCGUCUCUUACCUCCUUGGACUCGGAGGGCCGGAGCGUGGGAAGGGAAACCAAGCUCCAGAGCACUUCCUCCCAGGACUCCAGCGACAAUGGAGAGAAAAUCAAGCGCUCGUCCUCUAAAAUCAAAAGCUUAUUUAAGAAGAAAAAGUAAAACGUGCAGAGUGAGAUAGUGUUUGAGAGAGAAAUUAAAUAUAAAGAGUUGUUUUAGCCCUAAUACUAAAAAAUGGACAUCACUGUAAGCUUAAACAUGGAAUUUUCUCUCAUAAUUUCUUUUUGUUAUCAAAGAUGGAAUGUAGCUCAGUCUGUGUGCCAUUAAACGCCUCAGACUGGUAGCCUUAUUUUUCAAUAAUGCCUUUUUAUUUAGUUCACUCAUAGCCUCACAGGGAAACCUGUCAAAGGUCAAGGAAAAGUCAAUGAAAGGUCAAAGGUCAUGAUAGUUGUCAACCGAACAGCCAAAACAUGACCUGUUCAAUGUUUUCUAAUCAUUUUGGUUUGAACCAAAAAGUAACUGUGUGUGAGGUUCUAAAGGUGUAUUGUUUAGUACAGAAUGAUGUUUACUGUUCCUACUGAAAGUAGUCAAGUCACACUUUCAGUAGUGACAGCAUCACAUGCACAUUAAGGAAUACAGGUCAUAAGAUUUCUUAAAAACACAAUUUCGACAAUUUCUUUCCAAAGUGUCCUAGCUGGUCCUCUCCCUUCAAAUUAUGGAUUGUGUUUAAGGUCCCUAACUCAUGUACUUGAUUGAUUUCCUUUGAAAAAAAAGAAAGAAACCCUGCUAAGUUUGUUGCACUAUUGCUUUCCUGGUAUGUUGGGAAAGAGCAUAUUGAAUAAAGAUAUAGAGAUGAGAGAAAUACAUGGGCAGCGACAGUGGAGAUGCAGCACAUAAUGCCAGAGCCAAAAUUAUCUGAUGCGUCUUCAAUGCCACUACUUAUUGAUCUUUCAAUAUAUA